GAAAUACUCAUAAGUCUUUCAUGGUCUCAUCAUAAACAAGACAAAACGCUUUUGUCUCCUUGUCUAAAAUCUACGAGAAACCAAAAGAAGAAGGAGAAAAAUCUAAUACUCUUAAAUAUCUUGCAUAUAUAAGAAGAAAAUUCAAAAAAUAUAACAAUAAAAGGAUCAAAAUGGAGAGUCUCUCACACAUUCCUCCCGGUUAUCGAUUCCAUCCUACUGAUGAAGAACUCGUUGACUAUUAUCUUAAGAAGAAAGUUGCAUUUCCAGGAAUGCAAGUUGAUGUGAUCAAAGAUGUUGAUCUCUACAAAAUCGAACCAUGGGACAUCCAAGAGUUAUGUGGAAGAGGGACAGGAGAAGAGAGGGAAUGGUAUUUCUUUAGCCACAAGGACAAGAAGUAUCCAACAGGAACACGAACCAAUAGAGCAACGGGCUCAGGAUUUUGGAAAGCAACGGGUCGAGACAAGGCCAUAUACUCGAAGCAAGAGCUUGUCGGGAUGAGGAAGACUCUUGUGUUUUACAAAGGUCGGGCCCCAAACGGUCAAAAGUCUGAUUGGAUAAUGCACGAGUACCGUCUUGAGACCGAUGAAAAUGGACCACCUCAUGAGGAAGGAUGGGUGGUUUGUCGUGCAUUCAAGAAGAAACUAACGACUAUGAGUUACAACACUCCAAGGACAAUGAUGGGAUCAUCAUCAGGACAAGAAUCAAACUGGUUCACGCAUCAAAUGGAUGUAGCUAAUGGUAGUUACUACCAUCUUCCUGAUUUAGAGAGUCCAAGAAUGUUCCAAGGCUCAUCAUCAUCAUUACAUCAUAAUGAUAAUGACCCAUAUGGUGUUGUACUAAGCACGAUCAACGCAACACCAACUACAUUAAUGCAAGGAGAUGAUGAAGAUGAUCAUGGUCAUGUUAUUACUAAUGAUGAUGAUCAUAUGAUUAUGAUGAACACAAAUAUUGAUCAUCAUCAUCAUCAUCAAUCAGGAUUACUACUCAAUGAUGAUCAUGAUGACCAUGUGAUGGAUUGGCAAACUCUUGACAAGUUCGUUGCUUCUCAGCUAAUCAUGAGCCAAGAAGAGGAAGAAGAUAACAAAAACCCAUCUGAUAAUUCUUCUAAUGAAACAUUUCAUCAUCUCGCUGAAGAGCAAGCAACAAUGGCUUCUAUGAAUGCAUCUUCCUCUUCUUCUCCAUGUUCCUUCUACUCUUGGUCUCAAAACACACACACGUAAGAUCCAUUCUCA